AUGAGCGACGACCAAAAUCAAGAAACGCCUUCAAUAGAACCUGCGCCUCGCAGUUCUGAAAAGAUUGCAAACAAAAUACGAUUCGAGACCGAGCUAGAAUUCGUCCAAUGUCUCGCAAACCCGCACUACCUCGCCUCAUUGGCCACUCAGGGCCUCCUUUCGCAACCAAACUUUAUCGCCUAUCUCAAAUAUCUCACAUAUUGGCUAGACGUCGAAAAAGGAUUCGGCCGUUUCAUCGUCUAUCCGCAUGCAUUGCAUCACCUCGCUCUCCUGCAGCAACCGAGUUUUCGAGAAGCACUCAAAGAUCCCGAGCUGCGAAUGAGACUCGAACGAGAACAAUACCUACACUGGAGAACAUGGCGUACAUCCGAACCCGCCGUCGUCCCCACACGCGCACGAACGGCCCAAGCAGACGAAACGACCGAUGCAGCUACACCAGGUCCGACACGACCCACACGAAGAUCCGGGACAGCUCGUUCCUCGGGCGUACGGACGCCCGCAGGCCGGACGCCCCGUAGUGUUCGCACACCGGGUACUGGCAUCGUCAGGACGCCCGCUAUCGGCGUCAGGACACCCGCGGCGAGGAGCACGCUCAGUGUUAGCACGACUAUCUAUGAUCAUUCAAAAGAGGUGGCGACGCCGCCCCGUACCAUGGUCGGAUUAGCGAGUCCUGGGCUCGAAAUUUCGCCUAGGGAUAGCUCUCGUCCAGAGGAUAUCGUAAUGCUCAGUCCUGAAAAGACGAGUCCUGUCGUCAACGUUGCACCACCUACCACAGGUGAUCCUCUAGUGCUCACCGAAAAGGCGGACAAGGAGCCAAAAACAGAACCAUAG